AUGGGUGUCUUCUCGCAGUCGGGCUCUCAAAAGCUGACGGUGGGCGAGCUGAAGUCUCGGAGCCAGACGUAUUUCAUCCAGAUGUGCGAAGCUUAUAAUCGAUAUAACAAAUGUCUGGCUUCACCUACAGUGAAGCAUCUAUGCUAUUCGAUGGAGCCAAUUAAGUCGAAGGUGGCGGUAGUGGACGCUGCUUUGGAAUAUGUCUGUGGUUUGGCAUACGAAGAUAUGAUCACAAAUUGGUCCUGCUACAUACGCGUCGCGUCUUCUGACGAUUUGUCCGCUUGUGAACAGUCUUUUAUUAAGCUGGCAACCCGCCAAGAGACAAUGUACAACGAAUACACGAUGGGCGCAGGGGCCUGCUUCGCCCUGCAGACGUACACCGACUGCAUCCGGCCGAGCAUUGAGGGCCUUUGUGGUCCCGUGGCUUAUGGACACGUAUUAGAGGCAAUCGGCCGGCCAGUGCACGUCUACCUUCCCCACUGUAUCAUCAGCGGCGACUCAACAAGAACAAUUUUCCUCCCGAUUUUCCUAUUAAGCCUGUUAUAUUUCUUG